AUGAAUAGGAUCUUAGAAAUAGGGAUUUUCUUAUUUCUUUCAGUAUGGAUUACUUUUGUUUAUGUGCUAUAUAUAUUUCAAGAGGAUAAUGCAUCAAAAGUAAAAGUAUCCCUAGAGCCUGAUAUCAAUAUUUCAGUUGAUUUACCAAUUGAAAAUGUACCUAAAGUCAUUGAAAUAUUAAAAGAAACUUUCAUAAGUCUCUUAGAUGAUGAAAAUUCCAUCAAACCUCUUAAUUUAACUUGCAAGCCUGAGUCUUUCGGAUAUACAUUGGAAGAAGCUUCUAUUUUAUUUCCAAACGUCACAUAUCCAAGAUGUGAAGAAAAAUAUAAAUCAAGCCCAGAAAUGUUUUAUAUAGACCGCACUACUAAUACUUUACAUAUGAAUUGUACUGGAAAGGUAGCAUUAGGAUUUUCUGGAAUCGAUGAAUGAUUUGGAGAAUAUAAAUAUUCUAAUCGACCUAAAGAUUACAAUGGAGAGCCAUUAGAACUUGAGUCAGAGGAAUAUGCAUUUGGGACCUGUGACAUUAACAAAGCAUGGCUUCCUCAUUCCUCUCAAUUUUUUUGAUUCUUAUAAUUUUUUUAGAUUUCUUAACAAAUAUUUUCUGGUAAAAACCCCUCUAAUUUCGGUACAAAAAUCUCUGAGGUUAAAAAAAUCAAAUAAACUUCAAGCAAAUGUCACAUAGGAAAAAUAAACCAACAAAACAUCAGACUUUGAACAUGUUGCAUAUAAGUUGAAACUUAAUGAAGAGUCCCUUCAAAGAGCUAAAAAUUCAUUGUAUGGAAAGCCUAUAAAUAUCGUUAUGUUAGUAAUUGAUUCGCUCUCACGGAGAAUGUUCUUUACUCUCCCUCUUCUUAAUUAAAAACGGCCUGUUUACUAAAAAAUCUAAUUUCCAGUGAAUUUAUGUCUUAAACAUAAAAAUUUUAAAAUGCAACAGAAUUAUUUAGAGGUUUUUUAUAAUAAUUAUCAUAUAUAUCAGCAUAUCUUAUAAAAUAUAUUUAUAUUUAACAAAAAUUUUGACUUAAGAGAAUGAUUUUCUUCCCCACAAAAUAGGGAUUUUUAAAUUGUUUUGUUCGAUUACUUAGGAGGGAGGAAGAUUAGAAAAAUCCCUAAAUCUGUGGAAUAUUUGAAUUCCAUUGCAAAAAAUGUAUCUAUUUUCGAUUUUAAAUUGCAUCAUGUUAUAGGGCAGGGUUCUCAUAAUAGCUUUAUGCCCACAUUUUAUGGAGAUAUGCCCUAUUCUGCUACUCUAUAUAUGCAGGGAGAUUUAUAUUAUAAUGUUUCCAUAUGGAAAUAUUUGCACGAGAGAGGUUUUGUUACAAUGAUGGGAAUGGAUUGUUGUGAUAAUAAUUUAGCGCAAUUUAUAGGAAAAAAACCUAAAGUCGACCACAAAAUGGGCUCAAUAUGAUGCUCAGCAAGUGCUCAAUAUGGGUAUAGUGAAACCUCAAAGAGAGAAAGAUGUAUUGGGAAUAAAAAUGCCCAUGCAUGAAUGAUGGACUAUAUUUUAGACUUUUCAGAAACCUAUAAAAACGUAUCGAGAUACACUUAUAUGCAUAUAGAUACAGCUCAUGAGGAAACAGGAACUGUAGUCUCUACAAUAGAUUUAGAUUUAAAAAAGUUCCUUGAGGAAUUUUUUAGCAGAGAUGAAGAUUCUAUACUGUUUUUGAUGGGAGACCAUGGGAUGAGAUAUGGGGAAUGAUUUAAAUCAAAAGAUGGCUCACAUGAACACAAAUUGCCACUUUUAUUAAUUAUAACGAAAGACAGAGUCUUAGACAAUAUUCCAAAUAGCUCAAAAAUUUUAUUACAAAAUACAAACAGACUAUUAAGUAAAUUUGAUUUUCAUACAGUUCUGCAGCAUCUUGGAAACUACCCUGAUCUAGAAUCUAACAGAGAAGAAAUUAGAACAAAAACUUCAAAAAGGCUAACAACUUACAAUUGGUUCACAGAUUAUAUCCCAGAUAACAGAACUUGUGAAGAUGCUGGGAUACCUGUUUAUUGGUGCAUCUGCCAGCCUUUUAUAGAGAUUACUCACAACCAAAACUUAGAGGAUUUCACUUAUUUAACAAAUAAUAUUAUAGAAAUUUUCAACACAGAAAAUAAAAUAUACAAUCAAACAGAGAAAACAAUCUGCCAGAAGCUGAAUUUAAAUAAAAGUGUGUAUAUAGGAAAACUAGUCGAUGGCGAUAUAGACUAUUACAAAAUAAAAUUUACAGUCCAAGAAAAAGAAUCAGCGCUAUUAGAAGUAAUUGUCAAACUCUCUAGAAACUAUAUAGAGAAAAAAGAAUUAGAGUAUUUUAAUGUGAAAAAUAUCGUUUUUGGAGAGAUGAGGUUAGGUUAAUUUUUUUAUGACUUCUCAUCCAAGAUAAGCUGUUGAAGAAGGCUUGCUCAGCUGCAGUGGAAAUCCCUGGGAUGUCUACAUCUCCCCAAUGAUAGCUCUUCUCAUGCUUUAUGCUUGGCUUUUAAUGCUGUCCCAUAAUCUUGGAGUACAAAUUUGGAGAUUUGUAGCUGUUGCUUCUUCAAUUACUAAGUUUCAGCUUGAUAUAAAUACCCUAGCUAAUAUCAGUAACAACUAUGCCUUAAUGGCCAACACUAGUAGCCCCAAGCAUAAAGCGUUUUUCCAAAAGUCAUUGGAUGACCAAAAUUCUUCAUUGCCGGAUGAUGGAGGCAAAACCAGUUAGAACAUUUCCUGCUUGGUUUGACUUCAGACCGCAGCAAUGCACUCAGACCCUGAGCAGGUCUAAAAGAGUGGGGAUGGUAAACGAAGCCAUUUAUUUGUAUCUGAAGAAAUGAGGUACUACAAUAUAAUGAGCGUUAAUAGACUGGACUCGUAUGAGAGCGUAUGCAAAAGCGAAAUUAUCAAAAAUAAGUUUGAUCCUACUUAUUGCAUUUGUGAUGAAAAUGAUUUUAAUAGAAAUCAUUAA